AUGGAUGGAUCGCUAGACAGCCGAGACUCGCCUACUACGAAUCCUGCUAACAAUCCAGCGUUCGCUCUGGACUUCGGAGAUAUCCCCGAAGAAUAUUCCCACUCCAGUACUUUCACGGGAUUCCAAAGAAGCGGAAGGAUAACUCCUCCAGCGACGACGAUACCCAGGUUCAGGAAAUACUGCAUAGACGAUUUCAACUUCCUGAAAGUGCUCGGGAAAGGGAGUUUCGGAAAGGUACUCCUUGCCGAGUUGAAGGAAACUGAAUAUUAUUAUGCAGUGAAAUGUUUGAAAAAGGAUGUCGUCUUAGAGGAUGAUGACGUCGAAUGUACACUGAUCGAAAGAAAAGUUUUGGCGCUGGGCACGAAACAUCCGUACCUGUGUCAUCUGUUGUGUACCUUCCAAACCGAGUCGCAUCUGUUCUUCGUUAUGGAGUACCUGAACGGCGGCGAUUUAAUGUUUCAUAUCCAGGCGUCUGGCCGCUUUCCGGAACAUCAAGCCAGAUUUUACGGAGCCGAGAUCGUUUCGGGCCUGAAAUUUCUACACAACAAAGGAAUCGUUUACAGGGAUUUGAAACUAGACAACAUCCUGUUAGACUUUGACGGCCAUGUUAGGAUAGCGGACUUUGGAAUGUGUAAAUUACAAAUAUUUUUAGACAGGAUGGCGGAAACAUUCUGCGGGACACCUGAUUAUAUGGCACCUGAG